AUGAGGCCAGAAACUUUGGAGGCUGCACCUCGGGUUGUCCCCAAGGUCGUCCCCGUUUCCCCAUGCCGCUCUUUACCUUCUGAAGCCACACCUUCUACCGAAUGGCAGCACAUCGAGAAGCUGCUAAAUGCGUCAUAUAAGAGGGACAUACACUUGUUUGGAGUGGAGACCCACUCCAGAGUCCCUUCAAGGCCGUUUCGGUUUUCUUCGAAUAUACGGAAGGAAAGGAAGAACGGCCCCUCUGCCUUUAAAGCCAUAAGCAAAGACCCCUGGGACUCCGUGGCACCCCCGCCGGCUGGAGCUCCGCAAUUCGCUCAAGCUUCAGAACGACGUGGAGGGGAUCCUAGCUUGAAAGGCUCGUUAGAUCAGAGAGAGGCGUGGGAGAUCGCGUGUAACGGGGAGAAGAGACAUACAGACAUUAUAAGGCGCCCUCCCAAGCCGCUGCCCAACUAUACCUUGGGUAGCCUUGAGUUUACGCCGGGCAUCCAGUGCGAGGGCCUUGAGCCCUUUAAUGCUCUUAGCCUGGAUGAAUUUUUGGUGGGACCCGGAGCUGCCCCUCUCUCUCCGCAACAGCGUCAACUUUUCUGCAGCAGAGCCCUCGAUUUUAAAGAGCCUACGAAUCUGGAGACACGGACGAACUGGUGGCCUCACGAGAGGGAAAGGUGGAGACGCUCGAAGCGGCUUAGGUAUCUUCUCAGGAGUGGCUUGUUGGGGUCGCACCUACACAGGGAGAGAAUUCAUUACGGGUGGAAAGAGCUGACAGGAGAGAGCAGAAGCAAUGCCAACGGAGGGCAGGCUAGCAAAAGAGAAGAGGGGGGUGAGCGAGAAACCUUACCUUGGUCAUACCACUUUGAAAUCGAGGGCCCCAUAGGGCUGCCUUCCGAAGACACGCCGAAGAAAAUGGCCUAUUUUACAGCUUCAAAGGAGGUAAACGUAGAAGAGGAGCCCAAACUGAAAUGCUUGAUGGAAGCAGAGGCAGUCCGAAUCCACGAAGCAGCAACUGGGAGACUGCCCUCUAUAUUUGCAGGGCUUCGCAGAUCUAGGAAGGAGAAGCACCCCAAGGAUAUAACUGUCCCUUUCCGGCGCCUCAAGGCCUACGGAGACAUGAUAAACCGGAUCACUUCCUGCAGACGCCUGCAAGAUGAGGCUCGGCAGGAACUCCUGUCUGACUGGGACUUUAACACGAAGGGCAGUUCUGCGGUAGAGCACAUGCCUCCCCCCAGAGGAGUGCGUAAGAAUCCCAAUUACGAGCUAUCCUCUGAGAAGCUACAAAAGGCAAAGGACAAACUGCUGCAGAAGAAUGCAGGAAGCGAAGAAGACUUUUCGCAUGUGGAGAGGCGCAAAAGGUCCUCUGUUGUCGAACCCGUGCGAGUCCUUGGCGGCGGCAGAUAUGCCGUUUGA